GGUAAAUACCAGCCCUAAAUGGUAAAUACCAUUUUCAUUUGGUUAUCCGCUUGAAUUUGAUUCAGGAAUCAACCGGUGAAUUAAAAAAUACACCUUAUUCAUCGUCCCCGGUAAAUUCUCUUUGUUGUUUUAUUUACCUGCGACUUCUGGUUUCUCUGAAUUUCUGCUAGAUAGUUUCUUUGCGGUUUCUGUUCCGUGAACGUUAUCUGAUUUUUAUUACGGUUUCAUUUUUGACAGAUGUUUGAAAAACAAAAAUAAAAUUAAUUGCUUAUUCCAAAAAAUAAGUUAAGAAUGUUCGUAUAACCAAAAAAAGAUACACAAAGAUACACUCCCUUCUACAUCUCCACGUGAAGAUGACAGGAUGUCUUCAGGAGAUUCUAUUGAGGCUCGACAAAAUAACGAAUUUGAAGCUCUACAAGCCAUUUAUGGUUUUGAUCUUAAAGAUCUACGCAAAAAGGCAGCAUGGAACAAAUGGACGCCUAUGAAUCUAUCUCUAUCAUUAAAACCACAACAGGGAAGUGUUGGCACACACGAAAUAUAUGCAACAAUUGACCUACAUAUUGUUUGUGAUGCAUGUUAUCCAGAAAAUUGUCCAAGAAUUUAUCUGGAAAACAGCAAAGGUUUGUCACAGACAACUGUUGCCGAGUUACAAGUCUUAUUGGAGCAAAAGUCAAAAGAACUUGAAGGUGAAGAGAUGAUUUUUCAACUUGCACAAUGUGUAGAAGAGUUUCUUCAUACCCACAAUAAGCCUACAUCUAAAAGCUUCUAUGAUGAAAUGCUUAAGAGGCAGAAAGAAAAAGAAGAAAGGGAUUUGCAAGCUAGGCAGAUUGAGCAAGACUUGAAGGUAUUUUUAUUAAUUCUACGGAAUAAGAAUAUUUAUUUAUCUAUACACUACUCAAACAGCAAUAGCCAUCUACAGAGUAGGACACAGUCCAGACUAAAAAAAAGAUAAUUAUAUCAUAAUACAAGCAAGGGUCGGUAGUAUAAACACAAAGAUGCUAUUUACAAAUAUCAUAGUGCAGAUAAAAAAGCAAGAAACAGACAAAAUCUCACAGAUUAUAUCCCAAUUGUUCUGCAAUAUCAUUAGCCCUACCACAAGGGUAAGAUAGUGGAGAAAACUUCAAGAUGUUUAUUCUAGGGGAGGCAAAUAAAAAAAAAUGCCUAGGAUUUAAAUGUGGAAUAAGAAAAUUUAUUCAAUAUAUUGCAGCAAUUGACACUAUUGUGCAAUAUCAUGCACAAAAUUAAUGGAGCACUUAUCACCCCUUUCCCUGAGACUUUCUAGAUCAAAGCUUCUUCUAAAUCUUUCUGAGGGUAGCCAAUUGGUGGGUAACUGCGAUUUUUCUUGAACUGUAGCUACUUCAGUUGUUACCAGAUAUUUUUCAAGUCUUUCUAUCCAAAAUUUAUAGCAAGGCUGCCAAACAGUUGAUGCAUGUUCAAGCUUUGAAUCAACAAGUGAGCAAAACAAAAGUUUAAUUGUAUUGUCUUGUAACUCACAACCACAGCAUAUAAUAAAGCCCAAGCCAUCAGUAAUUGUCUCCAAAUGACCAUUGAAGUAAGACUUACUAUUGAAAAAGUCAGCUUAAUCCUUUAGUUUGACUAAGCGAUUGAGAGGUGCUUCACCAAUAUUAUAACCAAAUAUAAUUACUUGGGUUUUGUUGGUUUAUACUUCACAGCAUUUAAAGGCAAGCUAUUAUUGAAAAGUCAGCUUAAUCCUUUGGUUUGACUAAGCGAUUGAGAGGUGCUUCACCAAUAUUAUAACCAAAUAUAAUUACUUGAGUUUUGUUGGUAUACACUUCACAACAUUUAAAGGCAAGCUAUUUUUGCAACACCAGCUGUCGAGCAUGUUGAUGUUAUGUUGUAACUUAUCUACAACCAUCCAGGAACCGAAUCGGAAAAAGAAGCUUGUGUCUGUCAGCAUAUAGGAGAAACUGUACAUCUAAUUAAAUGUCUGUAUCAUUUAUAAACAUAAUAAAAAAUAAUGGCCUCAGGACAGACCCUUGAGGGCACAAGUCAUAAUUGUAUAGAUCUGAAGCUAUUGUUCAUUACAUAUAUGACUAUCUCAGAUAGAUAGGAUUUUAUAAGUGGGAGGAAAUGACCAGUCACACCAAGGUUAGCUGAUUUGUCAAUGUCAAAGGCUUUCGAGAACUCAGUAUAAACGAUUACAAUUUGAACAUGAGAGUUUAUACUUUCAGAUAUACAUAUACUGUGCAGUGCAGAAUAAGUUUGUAAUUGUUGAUCUCUUUUUUAUGAAACCAUGCUGUAAAGUAUCAUGCACAUGCCAAUAAACUGCAUCAUAAAUAAGAAACUCAAACACUUUUUCAAUAUUGCACAUGUUUCCUUUAUUCCUAAAAACUUGACAGACCCUUGAGACUUUCCACGAUGAUGGUUAGAUACCAUUAUUUAGCGAUAGGUUAUAUAACAUUGUUAGAGGCUUUGCAAACACAGAAGCAGGAACUGCAUCUGGACCGGAAGUUAAUUUAGGUUUUAGUCCUCUUAAGGCAUGUCCAAUUGUUUGGGUAGAGUCAGAAUUACCACUUGAACUGUUUAUGAAAGAUUCAUGAAAAUAGUCAACAAAGCUAUUCAAAAUGUUGUGAGGGUCACUUAUAACCAAACCAUUAUAUUUAUCCAAACCACUAUAUAUCUUAUU